AUGUCGUUGAAAGUGCUGCUUUCGCAGCCAAUCGUGUUCGUUCCAGAAACGACCACACGAACAACACACGCCUCCGGGCGUGUGUCUGUCGUUCCAGAGUCGGUUUCGACUCUGAUUUCUGCCAUCCCGGUAAGCCGGAGCUCGGCCAUUGCGCUGUCGAGCCCGCAGGGUGGCACCGCAGCUUCUGCGGUUAAGGCUUCGGGGCUUUCGUCCUCCUUAGCCCCGUCGACUUCGGCAUUUUUGCCGAAGUCGACUGGUGGUGAAAGGUGGUACGGCGCCCAGUCGUCUGUAUCAAAGAAGCGGGGUUACGAGGCCAUUGCGCUGCCUCGGCCCCAAGAUGGCUCACCGAGCGUCAAGAGACGUAAAGUCUCUUCUGAUGCCGAGGUGGCCAUCAGGACAUUUCCUGUCCCAAUGGCGCGAGCCAGAGGGCUCAGGAAUAGUAGUGGCGUGCAUUGCUACCGCAAUGCAAGUCUUCAGGCCCUCGGGCAUGUCCCAGCCUUCCGGGACAAGAUCAGGAGGCAUUUCUGCCGCAAGGCGGAUUGUCCGGCGUGUGCCCUGCGGGGGGCAUUCUGCGACCACUUCUCACGAAGUGGUAGCAAGUUGCCCGCCCACGAGCCCAAGGAGCUAAAGACCAUUGGGCGGUCUGUAGGCCUUGAGCGGAAGAGGCCGCUGCAGCAGGAGGAUUGCCAGGAGUACAUUUCGUUACUCCUGUCUCGGCUUGCAGACGAGAGCGAGCCUGGGUGUGCUCUCGAGAGAGCAUUCGAAAAGAUCUUCGGGGCAUCGAAGGUCUCAGAGACCGAGUGUGUUAACUGUGGGCACGUUAGCGCAUCUCCGCUCUCUAUCGAUAAGCUCUCGAUGCUCAGUCUGUUCCACCUCAGGAGGGGGAGGAGCACUUCCCUCGAGGAGUUGCUCGAGGAAUUCACGAAGGAGGAGCACAUCGAGGACUACCGGUGUGAGGCUUGCCGCAGUCUCGGCUGCAACAGGAGUGAGAAAUUCGUGACCCCUCCCAGGGUUGCGAUUUUCUGCCUCAAGAGGUUCUCCCCUACCGGGGGGAAAGACAAUAGGGCGGUGUCUUUCCCGGAAAGGUUGAGCUGGCGAGACUACACCAACGGUGAGUAUGGGGCGAGCGAGUUGACGGCAGUUAUCUGCCAUGUUUCUGCGAGUUUGUCGUCUGGGCACUAUGUGUGCUAUCUAAAGACGGACGGUGGCGACUGGCUCGAGUACAACGACAGUAAGGUUACGAAGUGUAGGGAUCCACCAACUAGCGAGAAAAAGGGAGCUUAUGUUCUCAUGUACUCCAAGUUGUAG